CCUACGGUCAUCACCUUGUUGCUGGGGCUCCACCACCACCUGUCUCCUGCCCUACGGUCAUCACCUUGUUGCUGGGGCUCCACCACCUGUCUCCUGCCGUACGGUCAUCACCUUGUUGCUGGGGCUCCACCACCACCUGUCUCCUGCCCUACGGUCAUCACCUUGUUGCUGGGGCUCCACCACCACCUGUCUCCUGCCCUACGGUCAUCACCUUGUUGCUGGGGCUCCACCACCUGUCUCCUGACCUACGGUCAUCACCUUGUUGCUGGGGCUCCACCACCACCUGUCUCCUGCCCUACACCUCCCAACAACUACACACAAGUCUGUGAAACAUGUCUGAAGAAGAUAACUCUGAGGUUCUUCACUUUAAAGAAGAGGAGUGGGAAGAGGAGGUGAUUCCUCCUAAAAGAAGAAGAGGACGGCCAAAGAAGUCAUCAACCAAAUCUGAGGAUACUGGAUCUGAAGCACCUGAGACAGAUUCAGCACCUUUAAGAAGUAAGAGGGAACGAAAGAAAAAAGCUCUUUACUUUGACAAUGAUUCUGGUAGUGAGGAUGAAGUUAUGUACCAUAUUCCAGCCAAAAAACGGAAGAGGCCUGGCCGACAGAAGGGACACACUCUAGAUAGUGGAACUUGGGUUGCUAAAAAGCCUUUGGGCCGACCCCGGUUAUCUCAGUUUGAGAAUGCUAGGAGAAAUGAGAAGUCUCCAAGUGAAUUAAUCUGCGAGCUGGGCCAGAUUUUCUACAGCAUGGGCUGGAUUAGUGGUACUGGGGGAGGAAUCAGCAUUAAAGAUGGGGAGCAUAUUUUUGUUGCACCGUCUGGUGUCCAAAAAGAACGUUUGAAAGUAGAUGAUAUGUUUGUCCUUAACAUGAACGGAGAGGAAGUUGAUGGUCCAAACCCUGAGAGGAAAUUGGGGAAGUCGCAGUGUACCCCACUCUUCAUGUUAGCCUACAAAAUGUGUGGGGCUGGUGCUGUGAUUCACAGUCAUUCUAAAGCUGCUGUUUUGGCAACCUUGGCAUUUGCUGGCACAGAAUUCAAGGUGACUCACUUGGAAAUGAUAAAGGGCGUAAAAUGUGCAUCGGAAAAUCGUCAAUUGCGUUAUGAUGAAGAAUUAGUCGUGCCAAUUAUUGAGAAUACUCCUUUCGAAGCAGAUUUAGCUGAUAGUAUGUCUCAGGCUAUAGAACAUUAUCCGAACACAAAUGCAGUCUUGGUGAGGCGGCAUGGUGUUUAUGUUUGGGGCGACUCAUGGGAGAAGGCCAAGACUAUGGCUGAAUGCUAUGAUUACUUGUUUGACAUAGCAGUUCAGAUGACAAAGUUUGGACUUGAUCCAUCAAAACCUCCAGAGGAUGAAAACACACAACAGGUGAAUGCUUGUUUAAGAAAAGAGAGAAGGCUUAAAGAAGAUCUAGCAUCACUAGUAACAGCUUCUGGAAAUACAGGAAAGAUGAGACAAGUUAUAGAGGAUCCGAGGUAAAACUCACCAGAGUCUUCAAGUGUGUAGAAGAAUUUAGAUAAAGGUGGUGAUUGAGCUGCAGGACUGACAAAAAGCAGUGGAAAAGGAAGGAAAGACAACAGAGGACAUAAUUAAAUUGGUAGAGAAUGAGUUGAAAAAUAAGAAACAAGAUAUAUUUAAUAAGUAUAUGUAAUAGUGAUGGAUUGGCUUUUAUUGCAAUUUGGCCUUCACUAGCAUUCCCAACAAUAUACAACAGUUCUUGCACUUAAUGUGAAAAUGAAGCUAUUUAUUUUAACUUGACUGUUCUAUAAAUUGUUCAUAUCCUAAUAUAUUGUAAAAUUUAUAUAUUUUUUAUCACUGACUACCCUUCAUAGUAUAUGUAUAAUAGUUUUAUUUACAAAGUGCUUGAUGGAUAUUGCCCUUUGAUCUUAUUGGAAAUAUGUUUGGAAAUUUAAAUGUUCACGAGUUCUGUAAACUCUAUAAUAAAUAAGCUUUUAAUAUUUUCUUCAUAAAGGAUGUUUAUAUAUGCAAGCUAGUGUUAUUGUGUCAGCUGGCAAACAUUUGCCAAGUGAUUUAAGUAGCUGAAAUAAUGUGAUUAUGUACAUUUUGCAAUAUUAAAUUAAAGCAGCUAAAAAAUAUGUAGACUAACUAGAUUUAUAGUUACAUGUAGUAAAUAAACUUUAUACUGUAUUUACAUAGCAUUAUAAAUAAAUUUUCAGUGCAUACGCAACUUCUUGUGCUUGUUUCCAGAACAGAGAUGUCAUUUUAUAUCCAAAAAAGUUGUAUUCACAAAAGUAUAAUGUUUCAUAUACUGUACCAAUAAGUUUGAUUACAAUCUAUCUAAUUUUCAUUGAGGAUCAUUCUUUUUUCAAUAUAGUGGUGCUCAGUUUAAGUUACAAGAAAGGAAAACUUUCUUGUAGGGAAUAUUAUGUUGUUAUGGUUGAUGAUCAUGAUAAAAUGCACAUUAUUAUUUGGGGAUGUUGGCAUUAACUGACAGUUUCAACAACAGAUUAAAAAAAAAAAAAAAAAAAAAAAAAAAAACUGUUUAAUUAACCACUGCACCUCUCAGGCUUAAUGUAAUAAAACACAUAUUUGGGUGACUCCCAACUAUUAGAUUGCAUCAGCUAUGGAGUUGUGUUUUGUGUACUGGGGACCAGAGCCAGAACCUGGCCCUCUCACAUAGGUGCAGGAAGCAGGUGGCACUCUGCCACCUCACUGGGGGAAGGCAACCAGAAAACUAACCAAUACAGAGUACUGCUGGGUUCAAAGAGACUGAAGCCUCAAAACCUGCCAAAACAAGCUGCCCCAACCAUGUAAACAAUAGUCUCUCGAAACAAGCAUGUGCUCAUUUGCCCUACCCCUGCCACUCGUUUGGAAGAGGGGCACGUAUUGGGCGCCUGGAGAGACUAAUUACUUUUAGAUUACUCUGGAGAAGAUGCAUACACAAAAUACCUCAACUGACGAUCUGGAAAGGAGGAGAGAAUCGGGGAGUUUUUUUUUUUACUAUAGUAGUGGUUUUCUAGUGGUAGCCCCUUGUGGUUUGCUAAAGCUAAAUACCCAUGAAGAAAAACAAGAACACACCAAGGAAGAGGAUCAAUGAAACAGAGUAUCCAGGCUGAGAGACUUGAUUUGCAACACAAGGAUGACAAGGUCCAGGAACCACACCAAGGAGGAGAAGAAACGAAGAAGAAAAAGCUUCUCCAAUGGUUUUGUUGAA